AUUAUUUCUGCUGUCUUACAAGUAAUUAAGAAAAAAAAAAGCUGCAUAAAUGUAGUGGCAGACAAGAUAUCCAGAUAUGUAGGAACUCCUAAAGUGAUCAAUUAUAUAAGUACAACCAAAGUCGUCAAAUUCGUCAACCAUAAUGACGUCAUUCAGCCGCUGACGCAUUAAUUUUACAGCAUUAAAACAAAACUUAUCCCCUCGUAGUGUUUCCCACACGUUUCGAACGUGAAUUUUCAAGUUUUCUGUACUUCUAAUGUUUCUGCUAUCUAUAUGCUAUCCCAAACUUGUAUAAUUUUUCCCCAUAAAUUUUCGGUUGGGUUCAAGUCUCGACUUCACGGAGAAAAAGGAAUUCGUUCUAGUUGUUCUGAAUUAUUUAAAUAAUUUGUUACUAUUCUAGAAUUGCGCACUGAGCUGUUAUCUUGUAUUAUAGGAAUUCUCCCAUUUGGGCAAAAGACUCGUGCCGUAGGCAGCAAAACAUCAUUAAGAAUAUCUUUAUAGCGCUGGCCAUUAAGUCUGCCGCCAAUUUCAAUUAACUCUCCCGGACCGCUUUGAGACAUAUACCACCCCAAAAGCCGAGUGUGAUACGACCACUUCUGUUACCGGGUAAUAUGUUAUUUUCUUCGUAUCUCGUAUUAUUUCCAUUUCAGCCUCGUUACGCCCACUGCUGGGCAUAGGCUUCCCCAAAGAUCGCCACGAUGAUCGGUCCUGUGCAACCCGCAUCCAUGAUACUCCCGCAACCUUGGCCAGAUCGUCGGUCCAUCUUACGGGAGGCCUGCCCAUGCUGCGUCGACCUUUACACAGAGGUCAACGCCAUUGUGGUACGUGGCCGCCAUUCUAGUACUUUGUGGCCCCAUCGGCCGUCCGUUCUGCGGGCAAUAUAACCGGCCCAUCGCCACUUUAAGGUUUACAAUUCUUCGGGCAAUGUCGGUUACUUUGGUUCUGCUGCGAAUCACCUCAUUUCUGAUGCGAUCACGCAGAGAUUCCGAGCAUCGCCCUCUCCAUUGCCCUUUCUGUGACUUUGCCGCCUAAUGUUGCCGGCAGUAAGGGGCCACGUCUCAGUUCCAUAGGUCAACACUGGCAACACACACUGGUCGUAGACUUUCGUCUCGUAUUAUUUAACUUCCACAAAAAUAGACGACCACGAGCAGUAGAACAAAACACUUUUUCGUCUAUGAAAACUACGUUUUCAAAAUUAAAAUCUAUGUAAUGUCGUUCAAAUUCUAAACGCUGCGCUUUGUGCCUCUGCGUCAAUGUCAAUGCAGCUUUCUUGGCGUGUAUUCUACUAUGUAAACCUUGCUCGUGUAAUCGCCUUCUUAUAAUCUUCUUGGCGAUUUUAUGUUUGAUUUUAUAUGAAAAUGUUUAUGUAUAAACAUAUCGAUAGUUACAUUAUCUAUUAAACUUGAGUAUUUACACAAACUAAUACUACUCUUUGACAUCUAAUCUUUUCUUAAACAUUAGCUUUUGCCCGCGACUUCUUUCUUUCAAGGCAGAUACAUGAUGUAAGAUAUUCUAACAUAGGUCAUACAAUAAGUUCAUGACGAUUUCAAAAGUAUGACGAUAACAACCAUCGAUAUUUCUCGAAAGUAAUUCGCUGUGAGAAUAUUCCCACGUAAUGAAUAUUCUAGAAGAAGAACAACGAAACGCUAUCACGUAUGCCUACGAGCGACUGCUCAAAUUGGCGGCAAUCCGAGGCCCCGCCCAAAUCGCGAAGCAAAUUGCGGACAAGGGGGCGACGGGGUCCCUGGCUGUUCCAACAUUAAUCAAUUUAGAGUGUGCGAGGUGGCGGGUCCUGUGCACGGGCGCGCCAUUCCCAUGGGCGGCGGCGACUAGAGCGAUCGCUGGUGAACUCCGACAAACAAAUGCUGCGCAGACGCUUGCUUACACUGCUGGCUAUCGCGCUGCUACUCAGCGCUGUCGAGUCGCGGCGCGGCCGGGCGCGGAGUAGGACCAAAUCUAAGGUGCAAAUCGGGCUGCCCAUCACUGGCAAAUACAGAGAUCCCGAAUCGGAUCAGUAUUACAACAAUAAUGACGGUGCUAAGAUCAUCUUGGCGUCCCACUUUGACCUGGAGUACGUGCUGGGCCAUAAGAUUGCAUUCCUUUGCAUCGCUAAGGGCUCGCCGCGGCCACAUAUCACUUGGUUCAAAGACGGAGUUGAAAUCUUUGCACAUCACUACUUACAUAUACACGAGUGGCCGAUCGAGGAGGACCGCGUGAAGUCUAAGAUCGAGAUCGACCCGGCGACGCAGAUGGACGCCGGCGUGUACGAGUGCACCGCCGACAACAUGUACUCCAUCGACCGCCGCUCCUUCAAGACGGACUUCUCCAUAGCCUUCGACUGAACACGCGCGCGCACACACACACACACACACACACACA